GUCUCCAGAGCUCAGUGGAAGGGCCAGAUCCAGCGGAUUACCACCAUCUCUGACUUUUCUAUCUACGCUGAUGAAUGUGUCCAUCUCCCUCUCUCCAGUUUUCUUCCUUCUCGUCUCGGGAAACCGUAUCCUCACUGGCAGGUCACCCUAGGCUUCCCCAUGCUGUCUAGAAAAAACAUCUCCAGGAUGAAAUUACUGCUAAAUUGCUUCGGGCUAGCAUCUGACGUCUGUCGCUUCCAGACAAUCCCCUCCUCUACAGACUUCUGUCCCCUUUGCAACUCAGCAACUGAGGACGCCUCCCACCUCAUAGCGAACUGCCCUGCCCUAACCCUUGCACGUGGCGAAUUUGACCUGCCCCACCCUCUUGCGUCCGUACGUGCCUCGGACCCGACCCGUUUCGUCUCGCUCAUCCUCGGCACCGAGUGGUUGGACGACACCCCCGUGCAGCACGCGUGCAUUGAAUUUCUCCACCAUAUUCUAUCUGCUCGCACUCGUCUUCUACCCUGAUUCACUUCAUCUUCGCCCGCACCUAGGGCUACUCUCCUUCAGUGGAGGUUACAAAGAAGAAGAAGAAGAAGAAGAAGAAGAAGUGCACUAGUGCCCAGGUGACUUCUGCAACUGGGGCUGAUUAUUUACUGCUAAGAUUGUUGGUUGAGGUACUCCGAGCAAUAUUGCAGCAUGUAUGUCCAUAAACGACUGAACAUGCUAUGAGGUGGAACUCCCACACACAAGCUAAUCAGCUUAUUUUAUGAUAAACCGUCAUUAAGAGUUAUUCUCCCAUCCUUUUA